CUCUCUCAUGGCCCUCCACCCCCGCAGAGUUCGGCUGAAGACCUGGCUGGUGGCCCAGGUGGAUAGUGGCCUGUACCCCGGGCUCAUCUGGAUACACAGGGACUCCAAACGCUUUCAGAUUCCCUGGAAACAUGCUACCUGGCAUAGCCCCCAACAAGAGGAGGAAAAUACCAUUUUCAAGGUCUGGGCUGUGGAGACAGGGAAGUACCAGGAAGGGGUAGAUGACCCUGACCCAGCUAAAUGGAAGGCCCAGCUCUGCGGUGCUCUCAACAAGAGCAGGAAAUUCAACCUGAUGUACGAUGGCACCAAGGAAGUACCCAUGAACCCAGUGAAGAUAUAUCAAGUGUGUGACAUCCCGCAGCCUCAGGGAUCAAUCAUUAACCCAGGAUCUACUGGAUCUGCUCCUUGGGAUGAGAAGGAUAAUGAUGUAGAUGAAGAAGAUGAGGAAGAUGAGCUUGAUCAGUCACAGCACCAUGUUCCCAUCCAGGACACCUUCCCCUUCCUGAACAUCAAUGGUUCUCCCAUGGCACCAGCCAGUGUGGGCAACUGCAGCCCCGAAGCAGUGUGGCCCAAAACUGAACCUCUGGAAAUAGAUGUACCCCAGGCACCUAUACAGCCCUUCUAUAGCUCUCCAGAGCUGUGGAUCAGCUCUCUCCCAAGUAAGUGAGACUUGAUCUUUCUAGCUGGGUCUUCAGCUCCUAUUAUAGUCCCUUCCCCGCCCUACCUUCUGCCUCCAUUUCUUUGCCAUGUAGGCAGCCUCUAUGUCUGGUUCCUGGCUGGCUAAUGAGUCAUCAGGGAAGAAGUAAAGAAACAUUAGUUCAUAUUUAUCUGCCCAUGGGGAUGCUCUGAUCGGUUGCAGCUCGAGGUUACACACCUCUUAGGUGGGUGGAAAGCCUGGGUUAAUCAGUUUGGCUAGGGGAUCUGGGCAUAAGGCCAGUUGAGGGAUAG